AUGUGUGCCCCUGGCCGUGGGAACCGGGGCCUGGGACGACGGGACCCUGGCCUGCCAGCACACACCACAGUCUUCACGGUAGCAGCGUCUGCCUUCGGUUCCCUGGGGGCUUGCAGGUUUGCAGCCUACCGCCUGGCCUGGGCCCGUUGUGCAUCGAAAGUAGCCAAGAGCAAUGGCGAUAGCUGCACCAUCUUUGAAGGACUCUGGAACUUUGUUGACCAAUACCUCGUAGCAGCAGUCCCGGGAUCUGGAGCCCUGGUGACGCCCCGUGGCUUGAAGAGCCCGGCUCUCGCCCAGGAGCGCGCAGCUGGGGGCUCGGCUUCCCGAACCUUUGUCUUUGCGCACGGUGCGGUGUUCCCAGAACAGCACUUGCCGCACAGCGCUGGGAACCGGGCCUGGGGUGGAGAGAAGGGGGGUGGGCAGGAAAGUGUGCCCCCUGUCUUCCUGUUCCGGCCAUCUUGUGGUCGAGAUUUGACCUGGGGGGAAGGAUGGCUAACCGCAGAUGCCCUAAGCUCCAGGGGUGACCGCCAAGCCUGUAGCUUGGGCCUGCGCGUCCUUACUGGGUACUGGAAAUACAGUGGUGAGCAACACGUCUCUCCUGUUCCCGCUGUUCCCGCCAGCCCAGUGGAUGGAGCCCAGAAUCCACAAACCUGCCAGGUCCCUGGGCGCAUGCUGAACGCGCGUGGGCGGACACGCCCUGUGCUCCAGGUCGGGGCUGGGCGCUGCCAUAGCAACGUCCUGGACGCCCAGAUCUUAGGCCGCCGCCGCCGCAGCGGGGGUCUGGGCCUUCAGCGGCUCACGAGGGGUGUGGCGGCGGCGGCCCCGAGGCGGCCCGGGCCAGGUAGACUACACUGCCCCGCCCCUCCAGCGCAAGCCUAGGCGGCGGACUGGUUUGCAAGCAUGCCCUUCCAGAAGCACGUCUAUUACCCUCUGGCCAACAGCCCCGAGGGGCCCGACGCCUCUGCCGCAGGCGCGGCCCCCAUGGCCUUUGUCCCCCCCAGAGCGGCCUCGGGGCCCCUACCCUUCUUCCAGUUCCGGCCGCGACUGGAGAGCGUGGACUGGAGGCGGCUGAGCGCCAUCGACGUGGACAAGGUGGCCGGCGCCGUGGACGUCCUGACGCUGCAGGAGAACAUCAUGAACAUUACCUUCUGCAAGCUGGAGGAUGAGAAGUGCCCGCACUGCCAGUCAGGGGUGGACCCCGUGCUGCUGAAGCUGAUCCGCCUGGCGCAGCUCACCAUCGAAUACCUGAUGCAUUCGCAGGAGUUCCUCACCUCCCAGCUAAACCUGGUGGAGGAGAGGCUGCGCCUGAGCCUGAUCGACUAUGAGCAGAGCAAGCAGCUGCUCACCAAGCAGGCUGGCGAGAUCAAACUUCUGAAGGACGAGUGCAAACGCAGGAAGAAGAUGCUGUCCACGCAGCAGCUGAUGAUCGAGGCCAAAGCCAGCUAUUACCAGUGCCAUUUCUGUGACAAGGCCUUUAUGAACCAGGCUUUCCUUCAAAGCCACAUCCAACGCCGCCACACUGAGGAGUCUCACCUUGAGUAUAAUACAAAGGCCCAGACCGACAGGCUCCAGAAGGAGGUUGACAUGUUAAAGGAGCAGCUGCAGCUCACUAGGUCUCAGCUGGAGUCUGCCCAGUACGCCCAUGCAAUCCGGUUCUCUAAGGAACACGAAACGCAGAAGACAAAAGAGGACGACUUCCUGAAGCUAUUUGAUAGAUGGAAAGAGGAAGAAAAGGAGAAGUUACUCGAUGAAAUGGAGAAGGUCAAGGAGAUGUUCAUGAAGGAAUUUAAAGAAUUGACUUCUAAGAAUUCAGCAUUAGAAUAUCAAUUGUUAGAGCUACAGAAGUCCAAUAUGCAGAUCAAGUCCAACAUAGGCACCUUACGAGACGUCAGUGAGUUUAAAGAAGACCAUCUCCCACACCCCCAGGAUCUACAAAACAUGCUGCAGCUCCUGGACAACCAGGCAAGCAAGUGGUCAGAUCGAUUUCAAGUUCUCAACGAGGAACACAGCAAGGAGAAGGGACAGCUCCUGUCACACAUAGAGAAGCUCCGAAGCUCGAUGAUGGAAGAUCUGAGUGCAGAUAAUGUUUUCUACAAGAGGCGGGUAGAAGAGCUGGGCCAGAAAGUGCAGGAGCAGAGUGAGCUCAUCCUCAGUCAGAAGCAACAGAUUAGAGAAUUUACCAGUAAACCAUACGGCAGUGUUGGUGAGCUGAAAGCGAACGCCCUGCCCUGGCAAGCACCGGACUGUAAGUCAGCCGUCCCCGCCGCACCCAUGAGUGCCCCCGCCACAAAGAUUCUGGACGGUGCAUCCAGCCUGACCACGGUGCAUGAGCAGGCCUUCUCGUCACACGUACUAGAGCCAAUAGAAGAACUUUCUUCAGAGGAGGAAAAAGGGCGAGAAAAUGAACAGAAAUUAAGUAAGAAGACGCAUUUCAGGAAAACUCUGAGGAACAACCCCUCCUCUAAGGGACUAAGGACAAACUUGGAGAAGGAGCUGAGCAAGAAGCUGAGGAGCUUCGGGAUUGACGCGGAUAUACACGGUAUCCCAUGUGAGAUCUUGAACAAAUCGCUUAAAGCCAUGCAAUUAGCCAGACAUGAUCUAGCAAAACAAGUGCCCAACAUUCAGCAAAUCCGAGAAUCCCUUGAACACCAGCUGAUCUGUAAAAUCGAGGAGAAGGUGUCACUCUCUUCCGAUAGGCACAACGAACCUCCCUUUACCAUCUCUCCGGCUGAAGAUGUGCCCAGGGCCGCCCAGCUUCCCCCACAAAGCAGACCACUGACCAGGCAGAGGGCCGUGUUUACUGAUAAGAUGGCUGUCCCAAAACUUAAGAAAAAUACCAAAGAAAAUCACUUUCUCAGAAAGUUUUCAACUAUCAAGACGCCUCCCUUCAGCUCAGAGGAGGAGCUGGACGAAGAGGACUUCAUCCAGGCGUACCCAGACUUCCUGAGCCUACAGCCGUCUAAAAACAGCAUGAGUAACUUUGGAAAGAGCUGCGUCAGAAGUGACACGGACUGGACAGAGGGAAGUGAAGUGGAGGAUUCCGAUGUUUCCCCAAAGCCCUCAGGAACCUCCAUUAAGAUACAAACGGAAGAUGUUGAGACCAUGGUUUUACACCAAGGAAACGGAAGCAAAGCAGUUACUGGGAUGAAUAUCGCUGAGAUGCUUGCCAAGAAGGAAGACUUGCAAGAAUUGAAGUGCGCGGAUGUAGAUGACAACGACUGGGACAUCUCAUCCUUAGAGGAAGAAAAAUCUCUGGAGAAAAAGAUGGAGCAGCGGGAACCUCCGCCUGUGAAGCGAGAUCUAAGUUCCAGUCAAGUGCCCAGGGCCUGGGGCCCAGUGAACCACCAGGAAUUCAAGGAAGAAGGACUUCAAGAGAAGGAAUUAAGCACACUGAAAAGCGGCCUAGUCACUGUGACAGAGUGGGGGGACAUUUUGGAUGUGUGACUACAACUCCCCACGUCAGAGAACUGUUC